CAGUCCUCGGUAAAUUCGAAAUCAGUCGUCGCGUAGCACUCAUCCGAGUUCGUAUCGCACCUGCAGUCCCUGUGCGCCACCCCCCAAUCACCCUCCGACCACCCACCCACUGACAACCCCCAUUCACCCGGGAGAUCCCAGAAAAAAAAAGUAUGAAAAAAACAUUGAAAAAUCCAAUUUUCAAAAUACUUAUUUUCCUCCUGACCGUCAAAAACUCCCACCAAAAUACCCCCUGUGAUCCUUCCCAGGCCCUUCCCCUCCCACCAGAGGAGUCAAUUCACUUCGAAAAUGGGUCAGUCUUCCACAGGGGUCAGUUGUACCCCCCAGAGUUGCACUGGAAAGAUGGAAACGUGACCUUCGGUUGUUUCUGUCAAAUUAACGAGGAAAAUCCAUGCCUAGUGAAAUGCUGUGGAAUAAAUCAAGUCCUGAGUGAUUCCGACGUGUCAAAUUGUGUUUCCACUCCCGGUGGGCCCAUCGGCCUCCAAUUGAGGCCCCAGCAUCUCCAUGAGGAUGUAAGACAUCUGGAGAAUGCUGAGGAGCACUUUCGGGUGUUCACCAGGGAGAUCUGCCCUGGUGUUAGAUCCCGGUUACAACCGGAAAUGUUUCCUGAAGAUAACUUCACACUGUACGGUAAUGGCAGUCUUUACGCGAUGGAUAGGUUAAUGGCCGUGGGAGAAUUUUGCUUCGAUUUGGACGAGGAGAAGGUCCUGAGGGCCCUUGUAUGUAUCACUGCUGAUACUGAGGCUGUCACUGUUGAGGAAUCUGUUUACAGACUUGGAUUUGUCGUGUCCAUUCCAUUUCUCGUGGCUACCUUCAUUGUUUACGCCAUUAUUCCGGAGUUACGGAGUCUCUAUGGAAUGACACUCAUGUGUUAUGUCGGAUGUCUUAUCGCUGCUUAUGUGUUUCUAAUGAUAACUCAGACGUUCGUCUAUCAUGGACAGGCGUCCUGCACCGUCAUUGUGUGGGAUUUUCCUGUUGAUGUCCUUGAUAACUACGAGAUGUUCUUCCACCAGAGAUCGGAGGACAUUGCAAAGUCAAUUGCCCCACCAUUUAAUUCGUCAGGACAAUUUUUUCCUUAUUGUUAUCAAGUGGAAAUAGGAAAAAUUCGUCAGUUGUCUGCUGAUUGUCGAAGGAAACGCGACAUGGGGACUCGAAGAAUCAUUGUGGUGAUUGUCUUGUGGUUUUGUGCGAAUGUACAGUGCGCUGGUACCAGCAUGAUCUCCAGGAGAGACUCUAGUCAUGGAAAUAUCUCCAGACCCAAAAGAUCGCUACCGGAUUCAAAGAAGCCAAAGCUAUCAAUCUGCUGUCCACCAGAUGCAUUCAUGCUGACAGCAAAAGUGAUGAAGUGCUUCACCAACAGCUCAAAACCGAUAAACGAUCCAGAAGUGCCCCAGAUCUACAGAGAGGACCUGCAACCUUCAUCAAAAGACCAAACCUCCUUCGAGAUGAUCCACCGAAUUCCCUGCAAACACGGAAUCUACGAGAUGACAAGAGAACCCCCGACCUUCGAUGUCUUCUACCUCCUGGAGACUGGACAAAUAUUCCUAAACAGUUCGACUAAUCAAGUGGCACAUACCUACAUGAGCAUCGACGACUACUGCUUGAGCAGUUGGAUGGGACCUAACGGCACAUUCACCAGAAUCAUCGCCUGCUAUCCACCCCUCAAACGAGAAAUUCCUCUACCCUACACCAUAAGUCUUGUCCUGUCAAUGCCAUUUCUCGCCGCAACAUUUCUCAUUUACGCUUCCCUGCCAGAGCUGAGGAACAUUCAUGGAAUGACCCUGAUGCCUUACGUCGCAUCACUCUUCUGGGGCUACGUUGGACUAGCUGUCGUCCAGUUUGGAGCAGCUUCACCCUGGCAUCAUAAAGGAUUUUGCAUUUUUGCAGCCAUGACUGCUACAUUAUUUUGGCCUUUCGCAAUAAUUCUGGUCUUACCUCACCUGUCACUAAACGCACUACUACCGGGUGAAGAGAAUUGCCCCGCAGCGGCCUUGAUUUACCCGGAGUAUGGGGUCAACCUGACCGAGAUCAUAAGCCUCGAAGGGUCAAAAAGGAUUCAAUAUUUUGCCCCAGAAAAUUCAACCCACGAUGGAACACAUGAUUGGGAGAUUGACACAGAGAGCAUUCUCGAGUCACCGAGGGUCAACGGCUCAUGCCCUUGUCUGUCAAGGUCAUGUAUUGCCAUGUGUUGCCCUCAAGGUUAUUCAUUGAGGAAGAAUAAUUGCGUCAAAUCGGGGGUCGAAGAGGUGAAAUUUCCACGGAUUUUCGACUCUUCGACCUUGGAGCCCUCGGUGUUGGACUUGAAUGAGGCGGAGGGCCUAAAUGGGUCCUUUCAUGUCUUCGAGUGGGACCCGUGUCAUGGUGGCCUCAAGUGGCGGCUUGAUCCCAAGGUCAAAGCGGAUGCGUUCAAGUUGUUGGAUAAUGGGUCUGUUUAUACGGUGCAUAAUCAGGGAAUUGUUCGGUUUGAGGACUAUUGUUUGGGGCAUGUUGAUGGGGAUGUGUUCAGUGUUGUUCAGUGCUUUGACAUGGAUUAUGAGGCCCCGCCGGAUGACACCAGCUCGGGACUGAAGAUGGCGAAUUUUAUGCCUAUUGGGCUUAUCCUGUCGGUGCCGUGUUUGAUUGCCACUUUUGUUGUGUACUCGAUAUUACCGGAGCUUGACAAUAUGCAUGGCAUGAUAUUGAGGGCUUAUGUGGGGCAAUUGGGACUGGCCUACACACCCUUGACGCUGUUGAAGGUCGUCCCGGCGGUGUCACACAAUGAGGGCACCUGUAUUGCUUUUGCCUUCAUUAUCCACUUCUCGUUCCUCUCGUCAUUCUUCUGGCUCAAUGUUAUGUGCUUCGAUAUAUGGUGGACCUUCGGCCGAAAAGCUGGACAGGUGGUUGAGCAAAACGGAGGCUUUCGUGCACUCCAGGGAAGUGUCAAGCAACGAGAGCGAAAAAAAUUUAUCAUUUACUCGAUUUACGCCUGGGGAUGUGCAUCGAUCAUCACUGGAGUCUGUUUAAUCAUGGAUUUUGUCCCGGGUAUUCCUGAUUCCUACAUCAAACCGAGAUUCGGAGAGAAGAGAUGCUGGUUUCCAGAUGAAAUAUCAAAGGCAGUGUAUUUUUACGGUCCAAUGGGUGUCACGGUCGUCUGCAAUAUCAUCCUGUUCAUCUCAACAGCCAUGAAAAUUCUCCAGCAUAAAAGAGAUACUGCGACGCAGCUCAAGGGGAUUGACAGUCGUCGUCAUGACGACAACAAGCAAUGGUUUAAUCUCUACCUAAAGCUCUUCAUAGUAAUGGGAAUAAAUUGGUCGAUGGAGAUAAUCUCCUGGUUGUUGAACAAGGACACACCCCAGUACGUGUGGUACUUCACAGAUCUCGCGAACACCCUCCAGGGUGUUAUAAUUUUCAUAAUUUUUGUGUGGAAGGACAAAAUAAGGCGAUUGCUGGUUAAACGUUUUGGCUGUCAAAAGGGAAAAUUUCAAUCUGGAAAUUCGACAAGGAGUGGUUACCACUCCUCCGCCUCCAACAGAACUUGCACCUCGAUAGCACUUCACGAUAAAGUACCAGUCGAGAGGAAUCGAGUCAAUACGACAACAGAUGAGAGCGAUUGCGUCUGAAUUUUUUUAUCGAAUCAUCAUUUAUAUUCGAUACAAUGAAAUCAGACUUGCCUUCAUCUCGAUAGCUCGAUAUUGACGAAUAAAAAUUGAAAAAAAAGAUUCAAUCCAUUCUCACGAUUUAUUGGGAAAAUAUUUUUUUCUAUCGUUAAA